CGUAUUAACAGGGGGAAGGGUUUCUCUAGGGUUUGCCGGCUCUCAGUACCUCUCCGCCAUGAGAAGAGCCGCUGCCCUCGUCUUCUCCGCCUUCGCCACCAAACGCAGGCCUUCUUCCCGGAACCUCUCCAGGCUCCUCCAUGGAAGUCCCUCUCUCCCCCACUCCCCGCGCCCGAUCUCCUCCCAGAGAUGCCCCUCCCGCGCCCUCCAGACCGUCCCCGACGCCGCCGUUCCCCUCCCCUCCCACCGGCGGAGGAGGCCUAAUGACGUGGCCGACCUCGAGGAGACCUUCGAGGCCGCCUCCACGACUGACGACAUCCUCUCCGGCUUCCGGGCCCUGGAGGCCUCCCUGGAUCCCGGCGACAAGCGGCUCGGCCUCGCCUGCUUGAAGGUCGGCCAGCACCUCGACUCCAUCGGUUCUGAGGACCAUGAGAAAGUUCUCACCUUUGGCCUCCGCGCACUCAGGAUCCUUGACGUGGACGGGGGCAGCUCCAUCUCCGUGGUCAUGGCUCUCCAUCUGGUUGGCUCCGCGAGUUACAACCUCAAGAGGUUCAACGACAGCUUAGGGUUCCUCAACCGGGGCAACAGGAUUCUUAAUACCCUCGAGAGCGAGGGUAUCGAUGGUGAGUUUGACGUCAGGCCGGUGAGCCAUGCUGUCCAGCUGCAGCUCGCCAACACCAAGACGGCAAUGGGCAGGCGAGAGGAGGCUUUGGUCAAUCUCAGGAGGUGCCUGGAUCUUAAAGUUUCGAUCUUGGAGCCUGAUAGUCGAGAAUUGGGCACCGCCCACCGGGAUUUGGCAGAGGCUUAUGCUGCCGUUUUGAACUUUAAGGAGGCUUUGCCACUCUGUUUGAAGGCGCUGGAUAUCCACAAGGAACAGCUGGGACAGAAUUCUGUGGAGGUGGCCCAUGAUCGGAGACUUCUCGGGGUUAUCUAUACUGGAUUGGAAGAGCACGAUAAGGCUCUGGAGCAGAAUCAGCUCUCUCAGAAGAUUCUGAAGAGUUGGGGUGUGGGUGGUUCGGAUCUUCUUAAUGCCAAGAUCGAUGCAGCCAACAUACACAUUGCUUUGGGGAAAUAUGAUGAGGCUAUCAAUGCUCUCAAGGGGGUGGUUGAGCAGACGGACAGUGAGAGUGAGAUGAGGGCACUGGUGUUUGUGUCCAUGGCAAAAGCCUUAUGCAACCAGAACAAGUUUCCUGAUGCUAAGCGCUGUUUAGAGAUCUCUUGUGGUAUUCUUGAGAAGAAGGAAUCUGUCUCCCCUGAAAAAGUUGCUGAGGCAUACAUGGAGAUAUCGUCAUUGUAUGAAUCAAUGAAUGACUUUGAGACUGCUAUAUGUUUACUGAAGAGGAGUCUUGCCAUGGUAGAGAAGAUUCCACAGGAGCAGCAUGUGGAGGGGAAUGUGUUGGCUAAAAUUGGGUGGUUGCUUCUUCUGACCGGAAAGGUUGCCCAGGGUAUUCCAUAUUUGGAAAGUGCAGUGGAGAGGAUGAAGGAGAGCUUUGGGCCAAAGCACUUCGGGGUUGGAUACAUCUAUAAUAACUUGGGAGCAGCCUAUAUGGAGAUGGACCGUCCACAGUCAGCUGCACAGAUGUUUGCGCUCGCGAAGGAUAUCAUGGAUGUAUCACUGGGUCCCCAUCAUGCUGAUUCUAUUGAGACAUAUCAGAGCCUUGCUAAUGCAUAUAAAACAAUGGGAAGCUAUACCCUUGCUCUGGAGUUCCAGCAACGAGUUGUUGAUGCAUGGAGAAGUCAUGGUUCAAAUGCCAAAGAUGAGCUUGAAGAAGCAGCUAAGCAUCUUGAAGAACUAAAGAAAAAGGCUUUUGGUUCGCUAACUGAAGAAGUAAUUCAGGAGGCUCUAUCACUGGCAAGUAGAAAUGAUUCUGUUCCUAGCAAAGAUGUGCAACAUUGAUGUCAAGGUUCUUCAUUUUUCUCCUCUGGUGGUGAGACUUUAGACCACUUUCUUGACAGAGAUUGCAGACUCGCUGAGCUACCAAGGGCACCUAUGCACAGUUGUCACAGUUGAACCGGCAAUUCCAUGCAACAGAGAUGAGGCACUAAAAUCUGAUUGACUCUUUCUAUGAGAGUCAAUACA